GUGGAAAUGUAACGUCCGGAAAUUAUAAUAUUGGCAUUUGUUUAAUGGAAAGUCAUUGUAUAGACAAUGAAUAGGAUUAUAGAGGAAUGAAGCCCAGUCCAUAACAACAAGUUAAGAGAGAGACAAUGGAGAGACUUUCUCUGUAUAAUACUCCUAUUAUAGGCAGUUAUAGUUUACAAAGUUUAGCAGAAGGAAGUGUAGUAAUUAGUGAAGCUGAAGAAAUAAACGAGGUGAUCUCAUUACAUGAACAAGGUAACCGGGCCACAUCUUCUAAAGAAUAUGAUGAGGCUGUAUCAUUAUAUAAUGAGGCAUUAGAGAUAGAUUCAAAGAAUGCCUCAGUCCUUGCAGCUCGUGCUUUUGCUUACAUGGAGAUUAAAAAUUAUGCUGGAGCUCUACAAGAUGCUGAAAGUGCUUUAGCCAUAGAACCAGAAAACUCAGAGGUUCACUGUGCCUUAGGAUUAGCAUUACAUUAUCUUGGUCAUAGUCGUGAUGGUUUAACUCACCUUUUGACCAGCCUUGACCUGGAUCUGGACAAUGCUGAUAAUUUAUCCAGCAAUAUUGCGAUGGUUGCAACAUCCCUGUGCAACGUGCCUGAAAGUGUUUGUGAAAAUCUUAAAGAUAUGGAUACAUACAAGAAGCUGACAGAAAUUGGAUCAGUAUUGUUUCAGUCCAAAAAGUUUGAAAUAUGUAUUCAAGUUCUGGAAGUCGCACAGAAACUUCAGACAAACCAGAAAGGAAUUACCAUGAGACUUUUACUAACCCUAGCUAAUGCAUUGACAGCUUGCAAAAAACAAGAACAGGCUGUUAAUUACUAUAUGGAAUGUUAUUCGUUGUCCCUAGCAACACAUGAUGCCCUAUAUCAGACUAAAUCUCUUGUUAAUAUUGCUACACUUUAUCUUGACGGUGGUGACACCUAUCAGGCCAUUAUAUUCUAUGAAAAGUUACAUCAGUUAGAAAGGGAGUUAAUUGUCGAUCAUGAUGGUGAGAUCACAAUGCCUGACUUUUGGACCGAACAACUUCAAUGUGGUUUACAUUUAAAUCUCAGCAUAGCAUACAAAUCUAUCGGCAAUAUGAAUUCAGCGAUCGUCCAUGCAAAGAGAUAUGUAGUUUUGUUAGAGCGGUAUGGCUUGACUGGUAAAAUGUAUGCAGAGGCGUAUCACAAUACAGGAAUGCUUAAUGAAAUUCUAGGAAAAUAUUUAGAAGCGAUGGAAAAUUACAAAAAGUAUUUGGCCUUAUCAAAAAAGCAAGGUAAUAAAAAAGGGAUGGCUCAAGCCUAUGGUUGCCUGGGAAGCAUCUACGCAGCUCUCCAUAAUUGGCAGAUGUCCAUAACAUACCAUGAACAGCAUAUUAAAAUUGCACAGAAGAGUAAAGAUAAGAAAAUGUUGGUUAUAUCUUAUGAAAUGUUGGGAGAUACAUAUAUGUUACAAAAUGAUUAUGAUAAGGCUAUUACUACUUUUGAAUUGAUGCUUAACUCAUGCAUACGAACUGAUCACAGAAAUAAAGCCACCGCUUUUUGUAAAUUAGGAAAUGCUUAUCGUGCUCAGGGUAAGCACCAGUAUAGUUUGUAUUUUUAUGAACAUGCUUGUGAUUUGGCCAGAGAUUUCGAUUUUUAUGAUAUUCAGACAAUGAGUGAAUAUAACAUUGCCUGCAUGCAUCACAACUCAACACAAAUGGCUGAAAUUGAACAGUCCCGGAAAUAUUUCCUGAAACUGAUACCUUUGCUUGAGAAGAAAAUAAACAAACAUCACGAACAAGGCACGCUUUGUCCUGAAGAAUAUAGACAACAGUUGCAGGAAUGUUAUGAUGGUGUAGUCAAUGUUCUUGCAAAGAUGGGAAAUAAAGAAGAAUGUUUGGAAUAUGCAGAAAAUUGCAGAAAAAGAUGCAUCACAGAAAUGCCUAAUUUCUCAACAGUGCCUGGACAAAAUGUGUAUGGUUCUUUAAAUUCUUGGGAUAUGUGGUCCUAUCAGAAGUUAGCACGAACUGUAUCUGGGCAAAAUGCCACCAUUUUGUAUUAUUCAUUACUUGACUACAAUCUGUUGCUAUGGGUACUGCAGCCAGCAGAUGGUAUGACAAGGUUUUAUGCUGGACGAGCACCAAAAGAUAUCACAAUGACAGAAAAGGUUAGAAAUAUGAUCGAUGAUUUAUUCAUGGAAAUGACCGAUCAAAACAAACAGAAAGAUUACGAAAAUAGAGCUGUUCCUGGUCCUGAUUCAUUGUUAAAAGCCAUUCGUAUUAAAAACCAAAAAUUGUCCAAACAAUCCCCAAAACAGCCGUCUGCUGCAGAUGAUAGAAAAAUAUCAGAGGAUCUGGAAGCUAAAAAUCGGCCCCUGGAGAGGCAGCUAUAUGAUAUUCUACUUUCUCCAAUUGAAGAUAUAUUAUCCAGUCUAGAUCCCCAAAGCAAUUUAAUUAUUAUUCCUGAUAAACAAUUACAUCAUUGCCCGUUUGGUAUUCUACAGAAUUGGACAUUGAAACCUCUAGCAGAUAGGUUUAACAUCACUUAUCUCCCUUGCCUGCUGCUGCUUGAUAGAGUUUUGAGAAAUGAAAUCGAUUCACUCAGAGCACAAGAUGAACUGAAAUUUGAACGCAGUCAAUCAAGAUGCGGUGGUGUGUCAAAAUUACUAAAAUUACGUAGCACUGGAUCUGCAUACAGCGAUGCGCCUGAUCUUUCGAGAGCUGAGAAUGUAAUUGUUAAUCUGAAGUCUGUUUCGAAUCCACGGCUUUUGACCUCACAAGGAUCUCUUGCAGUAGAAAGAGGCAAAUCUGUCGUCAGCUUUGGAAUAAGUCGUGAAAACACUUUCUUAUCUUUGUCAUCAAAGAAUCAAGAAGUUGAAAGUGCAAUUUCAUCACCAAAAAGUAUUGGUCUCCCAGUUUCACCAGAGAAGAUGAUGUCUACUCACACGUUUUCCACCAUUACUUCUCAGACAGCAACAGGUACUGACAUCAUUAAGUCAAGUCAGGCAGUUACCGAGUUUGUUCAGAUGAGUAGUCCAGAACGGUGUUUGGUUAUUGGAAUGCCAAGUUUACCCCCAAGGCUGAUGUUAGAUGAGUCAGAGUGGAAACCAAGUGGAGACAUGUUAUCAGCAAAGAGAGAACUUAACAGUGUUGCUAAAAUUUUGGACGUAGAUCCAAUUCUACUGACUGAAGCCACUAAAGAAAAGUUUUUAUUUGAAAUUCAACGAUCAACUAUUAUACAUAUAGCAACUUAUGGAUGUUUAGAGAAAGGAUAUUUAGUAUUUUCACCCAAUCCAAGAAGUCAAAGAUUAGAUAAGAGUCUACCAACAGAGGAGAGUUACUUAGUGCGACCAGAAGAUAUAUUAAAUAUAAAACUACAAUGUCAACUAGUGGUUAUAAACGUGGGUUAUACACCCAAUAGAUCACAGUUUAUACAACCUGGUUAUAUUCUACCUGCUUUAUUCCUUGCUGCUGGUGCACAGUGUGUAUUGGUAACUCAGUGGCAGCUACCAGAUUAUUUAAUGGAGAAAUUUUACCAUUAUUUCUACCUGACCUUACAGUCUAAUAGUACAUUAACAGAUGCUGUUAGAAAAACUAUAGAAAACCUUAAAGACGAUGAAAGAUGUGAUCAUAUUUGUUUAUGCUGUCCAUUUAUAUUGAUUGGUAAAGAUAUAAGUAUAGAUAUUAAGUCAAUACGGCAUGCCAUGUUAAAUCAAGUUAUUGAUAAGACAGAGAAGGAGGUAGAAGAAGAGAGUGGACAUGAAUAUUUGAAUUUAAAAUCAUCGAUUACUCAUGUUGCUAGUCCUGAAGAAAAUAAGAAGAAAUUACAGGACAUAAUUGUUAAAUUAUUAUCACAUUGUCCUGAACAAGUAUCUGUAGCUUAUGAUCUAAUAGAACUUUUGGAUGCUGCUUUAAAGAGAUUACAUACAGAAGAAAAUAAUCGAAUGACAUCACAGCUGACAACUGGUAUCAUCACAAGUAAUGGUGGUCUUGAGUUACUCAAGUUUCUAGGAUUCCAUUUUCAAGCUAAAGGUUCUGGGAUUACUGAGCCGUAUAUAGUCUAUCCACACUGGAAUCUAGAUAGUUUAUUAAUACCAGCAUACGAUGCUCUUAGAGCUAUAACUGAUUUAUCCAGUAGUCCAAGAUGUUGUCAAGUUAUUUGUGAUGUUUUACCAUUAUCUCAAGAUAAUAUAUCUCUAUUAGUUGAUCUGUUAAGUAUAACAAAACAUGCGGCAGAAAUUCAGUUGAAGGUAUCAGAUCUUUCAGUGCGUCCAUUAUGGCAAAACAAACAAAUUAAAAAACUACUGGUUGAAACAGGUUAUCACCAGAUUGGACUUCUGCUCAACUUUAACCAGAUGCUAUUAAACAAGAAACUGUUAAUGGGUGUGUUACAACUACUGUUAGCUGUUAGUUGCUAUAAGAGUCAAAUCUUAUUGUAUCGUUUAGAUGUUAAUUUAUUGGGACAUGCCAGUGCUAAAAAGUCCUAUUACUCUUCAUCAGAAAGUAAGAAUUUACCAUCUUUAACACCACUUAUACUACCAAGAAACCAGUUAAGAAUGAGUACACCAUGGUUGAGUCAAAUAGAAACCUUUAAUGAAAUGGAAGAGAAAAUGAAAUUAGCCAGAAGUAAAUCUGAAUUACAAGAAGAAUAUGAAGAGUAUACAAAACAUGCUAAAAGCUGGCAUCAUACAUCAGUAAUAGCACAGGCAAAUGAUAUAUUAGACAAGGUUGGUCGUCCCAAAACUUCACCAAGUAGAAUAAAAGUUGUCCAUGGUUCUGGUGGUAUGAAGAAUGUUAAAAUGAUUCAAGAAGAACCAACACUGGUAAAUAAAGAAGUAGAUCAACGCCGUGACUACGCACAUUUCGUAUUUAAUCAACGACUCGAAAAUAUUGGUGGACGACAUAAGAAUGAUGUUAUGAAAUUGUACCUUCCUUAUGUCAAAUCUAAUUAAAAGUACCAUCAGACUAAUUAUUAAUUGAAUUCAAAUCUAAUUAAAAGUACCCUCAGACUAAUUAUUAAUAGAAUUCAAAUCUAAUUAAAAGUACCAUCAGACUAAUUACUAAUUCAAUUCAAAUCUAAUUAAAAGUACCAUCAGAUUUAAUUAUUUAUUGAAUUUGAAUCUAAUUAAAAGUACCAUUAGAUCUAAUUAUUAAUUGAAUUCAAAUUGAAUUAAAAGUACCAUAAUAUCUAUUUAUUAAGUGACUUCAAAUAGAAUUAAAAGUACCAUCAUAUCUAAUAAUUAAAUGACUUUAAAUAUAUAUUGAAUCUGAUUAUUAAUUGACUUCAAAUGGAAUUAAAAGUACCAUCAGAUCUAAUUGUCCCCCGCCUUUCGAAGAAAGCAGGGGACUAUUAAAAUGGGUUCGUCCGUCUGUCUGUCUGUCUGUCUGUCUGUCUGUCCGUCUGUCUGUACGUCUGUCUGUCCGUCUGUCUGUCCGUCACACUUUUUGGGACACAAUAACUCUCUUCCUAAUUGAGCUAGAAUGUUCAAACUUGGUGUAUGUGUUUAUUAGGUCAAUGCCUUGAUGGAGUUCGAAGAUGAGCAUUUUCCGCUUAGGGUAAGCAGAGAUAAGCAAUUUGAUUGGUUGAUGCUUUGGGACACGAUAACUCUCUUCCUAAUUGGGCUAGAAUGUUCAAACUUGGUGUAUGUGUUGAUUAGGUCAAUGCCUUGAUGGAGUUCGAAGAUGAGCAUUUUCCGCUUAGGGUAAGCAGAGAUAAGCAAUUUGAUUGGUUGAUGCUUUGAGACACGAUAACUUUUAAUUGAGCUAGAAUGUUCAAACUUGGUGUAUGUGUUUAUUAGGUCAAUGCCUUGAUGGAGUUCGAAGAUGAGCAUUUUCCGCUUAGGGUAAGCAGAGAUAAGCAAUUUGAUUGGUUGAUACUUUGGGGCACGAUAACUCUCUUCCUAAUUGAGCUAGAAUGUUCAAACUUGGUGUAUGUGUUGAUUAGGUCAAUGCCUUGAUGGAGUUCGAAGAUGAGCAUUUUCCGCUUAGGGUAAGCAGAGAUAAGCAAUUUGAUUGGUUGAUGCUUUGGGACACGAUAACUUUAGUUCUAAUUAAGUGAGAUUGAUGAAACUUGGUGUAUAGUUUCAUUACAGUAAUACCUUGACUAAGUUUGAUAAUGAGCAUUUUCUGCUCAGGGUAAGCAGAGCGAUACGCAAUUUGAUUGGUCGAGACUUUGGAAAACAAUAUAGUUUAUGCUUUAGUUCUUGAAGAAGCUUUCCAAUGUAUUACCCCUGUAAUUCCUCCUCUUUUAUCUGUACAAUAUUUUCGAAAAAAAUGAAACGAAAUCCACUUAUGUAUACAUUUAGGUUACAUUAUAGCCUACAUGUCCCGACUCAACUUGCCACAUUACAUGUCAUAAUAUUAUAACCAGGUAUUGAUAAAAGCAUCAAUUGAGCAAUUCCAAUACAAUCCAAUACAAUGAAUAUAGGCAAGGUAAAUAAACAAAUAAAUGGAAAAAACAAAUUGAAAAAGAAACUAUUAUAAAUUAAUUAAAUAUGUAGUAUGCAAUAAUGAAUUGACAUUUAAUGACAGAAAGAAAACAGUGAACUUUGCACAACUUGCAGCAAGAUGGAAAAUAGACCCGUUGAUACAACCAAACUCUAGAUCUGUAGGCAUAGAGCAUGUUUUCCCCUUAAUAUGCUAUAAUUAUUCCAUCAAAAACAUUGUAUGCUUAGACUAUAAGUAAAGAUAUACUGUUUGAUUGUUCAAUACUUUGUAAAAGAUAAUUUGUGAUAAAUU